AUGGCGCAUUAUGCGUUUCAACAAAAUGUCCGUGAUACUGCCUCCUCUUCAAGAACGUAUACAAGACGCGACGAUCGUCUUGAGUCUCACAACCGUCUUUUUCGAGAUUACUUUGCUGAGGAACCGAAAUUUAAUGAGACUUUUUUUAGACAACGGUUUCGUAUGAGUAGACGGUUGUUUGUGAAGAUAGCUUCAGAUAUGGAAAACAAUUUUAGUUUUUUUCAAAGGAAGAUGGACGCUCAUGGUAAAUGGGGGUUUUCGGCUUUACAGAGAUGCACAUCUGCAGUUCGCCAGUUAGGAUACGGUAGUAAUCCCGACAGUUUAGAUGAUUACCUAAAUAUGUCGGAAAGAUCAUCACGUGACACCCUUAAUGCUUUUUGUGAUGGAGUCAUUAAGUUAUAUCGGCAUGAAUAUUUGCGUAGGCCAACGCGUACUGUUACGCAACGCAUUCUUAAUCAUCAUGCGUUUUAUCAUGGUUUCCCCGGCAUGUUAGGGAGUCUUGAUUGUACACACUGGGCUUGGGAUAAUUGUCCAGUAGCUUGGCGUGGCAAGUACACGCGAGGUGACCAUCACGGGCCGAAGAUAUCGCUUGAAGCAGUUGCAUCACAGGAUUAUGGCACAGCACCAUUGGUUCCUUUCACUGUAAAUGGAACCGAAUAUCAGUACCCGUAUUAUCUCGUGGAUGGGAUCUACCCAAGAUAUGCGAUGUUUGUGAAAACGAUUGCCCAUCCAACCGGUGAGAAAAGGAUUCGACAUGCUAAGGCACAUGAGGCUGCAAGGAAGGAUGUGGAGCGAGCUUUUGACGAGGACCACACUAUAAGUCCUGAUUACAUUCCAGAUCCCCCGGUUGCGCCACAGCCAUCGAAUGAACGACUAUUUGAGAUACAGAACCCAAACGUUCACGAGGAUCUUAAGAUGGAUCUCAUUGACCAUAUUCAUCGCACAUUCGUCCCGGGCAUCGAUUGCUAG